AUGACGAGGAACGAGACCAUCGGCCGCCAUGGUUCGGUAGAGAGCUCGUGGAGUUCGCGCUCGGGCGACACGAUACGGCCCUAUGGACGCGCGGGUUCGCUGAGGGGUACCCCCGUCACCGUCAAGACGGACAAGAACCUCAAUUCCCGUGUCGAGCGGGAAUCCGAGAUAUCGCCUGGCACCGUCCCCCCAGCUCCGCCGCCCAAAGACAACCCCUCGCACCGCCCGCGCAAGCCUGCCAAUUGGGACGCUCUCACGCCCAGCGCCUUUGGCCACCACCGAAAACAGCUGGCUGUCCUGGAGACUUCGGGAGGCCGAGUGCCGUCCAUAUCGCGCAACCCCCCCACCGCUUCGAGCGCCAAUUCACAGGUCGCGCCCUGGUCCACCGCGCCCAACGGAAACAACAUGACCAACAGCGUCUGGAGCAGCUUCUUCAACGACUCAAACGAGGAUGUCUCCCAGUCGUCGCCUGGCUUCCGCCCGGGAACCGGCACCAGAGAGGACAGCAUGGGCUUCCCCAUGAAGGACGACAGACGACCGUCCGUAGCCAGUGCCACGACUGUCAGCAGCACGGGUUCCAAGUCGAGCAUGGGCCGGAAUUUCCACAAACGCCUGCAGAACGUUUUCGGAGAGGACUUCCCCGCCGACGACCGCCAGAACUCGGAUUCGAGCUUGGGCACGCCGCAGCGCAACCGCGGCAACUCCCUCAGCAACACAAUUGGCAGUAAGCACCAGUCGCGCCCGACCUCGCCUACCAGCUCCCGGCCACGCACCCCGCAGGCGUCCUCGGAAGUCACGCCAUGGGAGUUCCAAGACUCCAAGGACGUUCCCACUCCCGCUGAGUAUGGCGGCCGUCGUUCCUCCGAGCAACAUUCUGCCAAAUCGGGUCGAUCGCAUCACAAGCUGCACGUAAGACUGCCUGGCACUGGCCACCGGCACAAGGGCAGCAAGGAGGACAACAAGGCCCCAGACGGACGCGCAGACAUAAGCCAGCCUUACCCGCUGCGCCCCACUACCAGCCGCGAAGAUUCCAGCUACAGCGUCCGACCGAACCAACCCUCGGCCCUCAGCUCCGCCUUCGCCUCCAAGACAAGCCUUCUGGGACGGCCGUCGAGCCCUACGCCAAGCUCAUACUCGGAUAUGACAAGAGAUGACAGGAUAGCGCAACGGUCUCCCAGCACCAACAAGGCGUCACACGGGUUUUUCGCGCGGUUACGAGGCAAGGACAAGGACAAGGAUCGCACAUUACCGGGAGACACCCUCAAGAGUCUGGUCGCUGCUGGGACUGCCUCCGCCACGUCUUUGAAUCCUUCGAUUAACACGACACGAUCCGCGAGGCCAGAGCCGGCUCGGCAGGCCACCAUGGCGAAGCAGCAGGCAAUCAACAAUGGCGUUGAGAGCGCAGCCAAGGAACAGAGAAUGCGAGCGCCUCACCACCGCUUGCCUACCUUCCGGAAAGAGAAGCGCGCACCUGCGAACGAGCCUACGGGACGGGACCCUAACGAUAGUAUCGCUAGCACAGCAGGCAACGAUGCUGUUUUCUUCCUGGACAGAAAUCUGGACGACAUGGAAGGCAUUGUGAAUCUCCAACAGGCACCGCCGAUGACACCGCCUGUAGGCGAGGUGCCAAAGCAGCCACCAAAUCUUGGUGAAGACAUCUCUAUACCAGGACCCGAUGACGACGGUACCGCAGCGUGGGACGCGCCAGACUCCUGGGCCGUGAAGCGCAUGAAGGACGAGAUGGACAAGCUUGGAGAUGCCGACGAGGCUACAACGCCUUCCAAAGAAGAGAGCGACAACAAGACGUAUUGUCUGCGCAUUUUCAGAGUCGAUUCAACUUUUGCGACACUAUCAGCUACCUUGAACACGACCGUGCAGGAAAUCAUACAAAUACUAGGGAAGAAGACCGUGUUGCAGGACGAAUUGGACAACUACCACAUCGUGAUGCGAAAACAUGACACCUCACGGCAACUGGAAAGUAACGAGCGUCCGCUGCUGAUCCAGAAGCGGUUGCUGGAACUCGCCGGAUAUACGGAUCUAGACCGCCUCGAAGACGUCGGACGGGAAGAUAACAGCUACCUCUGCAGAUUCACCUUCCUCCCUGCCAAGAUGAGUGGAUACUCCAGUCUGGAACGGGAUCCCGGUUUCAGCAAGAUGCAGAAGUUCAGUCACAUUGAUCUCCAAGGUCGGAACUUGAUCACCAUUCCUAUUACACUCUACCAAAAAGCGACAGAGAUAAUAUCGCUCAACCUGUCGCGGAACCUAUCACUUGACGUACCUAGAGACUUUAUCCUUGCUUGCACCAAUCUGAGGGAGAUCAAGUACACCAGCAAUGACGCGCGACGACUACCGCCCAGUCUGAGUCUUGCUAGCCGGCUGACCAUGUUGGAUAUUUCGAACAACCGCCUCCAGUCUCUUGACCGUGCUGAAUUGCACAAGCUACAAAGUCUGCAAGGGCUUCGACUUUCCAACAACGGGCUGACGCGACUGCCACACUACUUUGGACAAUAUCGCGCGCUUCGCAGUUUGAACUUGAGCUCGAAUUCCUUGAACGAAUUCCCCGACUUCCUGUGCGAAGUCCGGACACUGGUGGAUCUUGACAUCAGUUUCAACUCGAUAUCGAGCUUGCCCAAGAUUGGCCAGUUGACAUGUCUAGAAAGACUCUGGGCGACAAACAACAAAUUAACCGGCAGCUUCCCUCCAACACUGAGCAAUCUGGUCAACCUGCGAGAAAUCGACGUGCGGUUCAACGCGCUUGAUAGUAUGGAUGUCAUGUCCCAAUUACCCCGAUUGGAGUACCUGAUGAUCGGCCACAACUCUAUUUCGGCCUUCGAAGGCUAUUUCCCGAAGAUCCGUGUGCUGCACAUGAACCACAACCCAGUUACACGCUUCGGCCUCACUCAGCCCACCCCAACACUAACCGCCCUCAAUCUUGCGUCUGCCAAACUAGCGCAAUUACCCGAGGAUCUGUUUGGCAAACUGACUGGCCUCACUAAGCUCAUCCUCGACAAGAAUCACUUCACGUCCAUAUCGACCAACAUUGGAAAGCUGUACAGGCUGGAACAUCUCAGUAUAGCUCGAAACUCUUUGGAUGACUUGCCUGCCGAGAUCGGUCGCUUGGUGGAGCUUCGCUACUUGGACGCGCGCGAGAACAAUCUGCCCAAGCUUCCCGAGGAGCUUUGGUAUGCUCGCCGAUUAGAAACGCUAAACGUGUCGUCCAACGUUCUUACCACGUUCCCCAAACCCGGCGCAUCACCUCCACCAGUAGCAAAUGGGGAACAAGCUCAAGUAGACGGAGCGCCUGCGCUUGUCACUCCAGGCUUGACAUCAAGUCCCAGUUACGAAGAGCUGGGAAAAUUGGAAGACUUCCAGAAUCGCCGUCCUAGUCAAGCAUCAGGAGGUCUGAGUGUUGGUUCGUCGGCUGCCUCUUCGCAACGGAAGGGGUCGAUGGCGUCAUACAACACUUCAAGCACGGCGCGCAAGACAUCAGUAGCGUCUCGCGCGCCCACCGAAGGGACACUGACACCCAUGUCCCGCAAAGACUCCAGCCUUAGUAGUCGCUUGGUGACUACCUUUGCGGGUUCUCUUCGACACGUGUUCUUGGCUGACAACCGGCUGAACGACGACGUGUUCGACGAACUGUGUCUUCUCCCCGAAUUGCGAAUUGUGAAUCUAGCAUACAAUCUCAUCUAUGACGUUCCACCUCGUACGAUCCGACGAUGGCAACAUCUUACUGAGCUGUACCUGUCGGGCAACGACCUCACGUCUCUACCUGCAGAGGACUUGGAGGAAGUUGGCUCGCUCAAGGUCCUUCACAUCAACAACAACAAGUUCCAGGUGCUGCCGGCCGAGCUUGGCAAGGUUGCACAGUUGGCUGUUCUUGAUGUGGCUAGCAAUUUGCUGAAAUACAACGUGUCGAAUUGGCCAUAUGACUGGAACUGGAACUGGAAUCACAAACUCCGAUACCUGAAUCUGUCAGGCAACAAGCGUCUCGAGAUCAAACCCAGCGGCUCGUACAGUGGCGGCGGCAUGAGUAUGCGAGAAGGGCGCGACCUGACCGACUUCAGCUCGUUGAUUAAUCUUCGCGUACUUGGGCUGAUGGACGUCACGAUGAUGGUUCCUUCAGUCCCUGAACAGUCAGAGGACCGGCGAGUGCGCACUGCUGGUUCGGCUGUGGGUACUAUGGCGUAUGGUAUGGCCGAUUCACUGGGUCGCAACGAACACAUCUCGACAAUGGACAUGGUUGUGCCCCGCUUCCGCAGCCACGACGACGAACAGCUGUUGGGUCUGUUUGACGCACAGCCGCUUGCGGGCGGCGGUGCGAAAAUUGCCAAAUACCUGUACGAUCAGUUCAAGAACCGAUUCGCUGAUGAGCUCGACCGUUUGCGCCCGAAUGAAACGCCGUCGGAUGCGCUGCGACGAAGUUACCUUGGCCUCAAUAAGGAACUCGCUACCGCUGCAAGUCAGGGUCUGGACAAGAACGGACUCACUGCACCAUCAACACAAACGCGCAAUUCAGUGCCUGAUCUUAGUGACGACGACCUGACAUCGGGAAGUGUGGCAACAGUACUUUUCCUGAAAGAGAUGGAGCUCUACAUCUCCAACGUUGGUGAUGCGCAAGCCCUUCUGAUCCGUUCAGAAGGAGGACACAAGAUCCUUACCAGGAAGCACGACCCCGCUGAGCCAAGUGAGCGAUCCAGGAUACGAGAAGCCGGCGGAUUCGUGUCGCGGCAGGGUAAACUCAACGACAUGCUCGAGGUAUCAAGAGCAUUUGGAUACGUUCAAAUGUCGCCAUCAGUCAUCGCAUCGCCGCAUAUCAUGAACCUCACUCUUGGCGACACAGAUGAGAUGAUCCUGAUAGCUUCGCGAGAACUCUGGGAAUACCUCACACCAGACUUCGCUGUCGAUGUCGCACGAUCGGAGCGAAACGACCUGAUGGUUGCCGCCCAAAAACUGCGCGAUUUGGCUAUUGCCUUUGGUGCGACGAACAAGAUCAUGGUCAUGUUGCUUGGUGUGAGCGAUCUCAAGAGCAAACAACGUGCCCGGUACCGCACCCAAAGCAUGUCCCUCAUACCCGCACCUGGUGCAGAUCCAGACUGGGGCGCGUCGCGCAGACGUGGAAAGAAGGGCAAUCUGGUCGGCGACUCCAAGCUCGCUCGACUCGACAACGAAGUGGACGCGCCAACGGGCGAAGUCAGUCUCGUGUUUACAGAUAUCAAGAACUCGACCAUACUGUGGGAGACGUACCCGAUUGCUAUGCGUUCUGCAAUAAAGAUGCACAACGAGCUUAUGCGCCGACAACUACGCAUUAUUGGUGGGUACGAGGUCAAGACGGAAGGUGAUGCCUUCAUGGUCGCUUUCCGCACUGUGACAUCAGCUCUGCUGUGGUGUUUCACGAUCCAGAGCCAGCUUCUCGAAGUACAGUGGCCGCAAGAGAUACUCAACAGCGUCAAUGGACAGGAAGUUGUCGAUCCGGAUGGUAACGUCAUCUUCCGCGGUCUCUCAGUCCGCAUGGGUAUCCAUUGGGGCACACCGGUGUGCGAAGUCGAUCCGGUCACGAAGCGCAUGGACUACUUCGGACCCAUGGUCAACCGCGCCUCACGUAUCUCCUCCGUAGCCGACGGUGGCCAAAUCACCGUCUCCUCCGACUUCAUCGCCGAGAUCCAACGUCUCCUCGAAACGCACAUUGAAGGCGACCGUAAGAACUCCGCCGGAUCCGAAGAAGCCUACGGCGACGACAUGAACAGCCAGAUGAUCCGCGGCGAACUCCGCUCCCUCAGCUCCCAAGGUUUCGAAGUCAAAGACCUCGGUGAACGCCGUCUUAAAGGUCUCGAGAACCCUGAGUAUAUCUACCUCAUGUAUCCGCACUCGCUGGCUAGUCGGCUGGCGGUCCAGCGCCAGACGGAACAGAAACCCGUGGAGCAGCAGAAGGAGGCUACGGCUGGUCAGAAGAUGGCGGGGAGUCAGCUCACUAUCGAUACCGAAGAUGUGUGGGAUCUCUGGAAUAUUAGUCUACGUCUGGAGAUGCUGUGCAGUUCGCUCGAGAGCCCGGGUUGUUCUGAACUGAAACCGCCCGAGACGGCGUUGCUGGAGAGGAUGAAGAGCCGGGGUGGGGAGAUUACCGAUCGUUUCUUGAUUAACUUUGUUGAGCAUCAAAUUUCGAGGAUCGAGUCUUGUGCCAGCACCCUUGCUCUACGCCACCGCAUGCGGCCGUUUGGCAGUGCACCGCUGCUCGAGCAGGCGUGUCAUAUGGGCGAUAUCUUCGCGGAGCUCGAUGCGAAGUUGAAGCGGUUGGAAGAGUUUGAAAAGGGGGCGAUUGAGGGUAUGGCGCCUUCUUGA